CUGGUGGAAAUCAGCAUAUAAGAUAGAAGUAUUAUUAGUGAUAAGAGACACUAAAGUUUGAUUCACACAAAUGUGAUUUUAUUUAACACACAUUUUGGAGACUUUUGUCCUUGCAUUCAGCUAAGGUUUUUUCAAAAUAUUUUUUUACAGAAUAUAAAUAUAAACAAAUUAAUGUUUUAUUUACAAAACAUAUUUCUCGACUGAAUGAUUCCAAAUUCUCAUAUUGCAUUUUGAACUUAUUUCUUUUCUUUCAAUGUAAGUUGGUCAAGUCAAGGUAAAUGGCCUGAAUUAAACUCAGUCUGCAGGUCAAAUCAUUGGCUAUGAGAAAUUGAAGAAAUGCUGAGAAGCUAUUUGAAAGAAAAAUAAAAAGAUCAAGAAAAAGUAAAAUGACAAGUGUAUGCAAAUAUGAACUACUACACAAAACUUGCAAAAAUGGUUUGUUGGUGUUUUAUUGUCAUUCUAUAAAUAGUUGCAUGUUUUUAAUUGUAGUUUAGUCGUUUAUUUGCAGGCUUACUAUGAUCAACACGCUUGUAUUAUUUCUGUAUAUUAUGCAAUUUAUGUGUUACAGUUUGUCAGUUUUGGUCACUGUAUUGCUUUGGAAAGGGAAAAAAGUUCGUUAUUAAACUAUGUCUUUUCUCUGUCCACCAGUAGAUGGCGCACCAUUUACUUUAUUCGGGGGAGGAUUAAUGAUUAAUACGUGAUUAAAUAUUUUCUUCGUUACCAAAAUAGUAAACUUUAGUGUCUUCUGUUGAAAACAAAAAAUAAUAAAAAACAAAAGAUUCAUUUUUUUAUUUUUUAAUGUAUAACGUAUAAUUCAGCCUCCAGCCCUGACUGAGCUCAGGAAAACAACCCCUGUCUGCUUCUCUCCACAUCACUGUGGAGAAUCAAAGGAGAGGGAGAGCAGCUGGACUCCGACAUGGCUAAAGAAGGAGUAGAUAUGACAGAAGAAACCGAGUAUAUGAUAGAUAGAAAUGCGGGUAAAGAGGCGGUGAACGUGGAAUCUCCUUCCAACGCCAAAGAAAUGCGAGCGGUGGUCCUGGCAGGUUUCGGAGGUCUGAACAAACUCCGGGUUACCAAGAAGGCAAUGCCCGAGCCUCAGGAUGGUGAAGUGAAGAUCCGCGUCAAAGCAUGUGGCUUGAAUUUCCUGGAUUUGAUGGUACGUCAGGGGAAUAUUGAUAAUCCUCCAAAACCUCCGCUUGUUCCUGGAUUUGAGUGCUGUGGAAUAGUGGAGUCUGUGGCUGAAAACACACAGGGAUUUGAGAUAGGUGACAGAGUAAUGGCGUUUCUGAACUACAAUGCCUGGGCCGAGGUGGUUUGCACACCAGUGGAUUUUGUCUACAAGAUGCCAGAUGAUAUGACGUUUACAGAGGCAGCAGCAUUCUCCCUGAACUUUGUGGCUGCCUAUAUGAUGCUGUUUGAAGUUGCCAGUCUGCGGGAAGGAAUGUCGGUAUUGGUCCACUCAGCUGGGGGUGCAGUGGGACAAGCAGUGGCUCAGUUAUGCUCCACUGUACCUAAUGUGACUGUGUUCGGUAUCGCCUCCUGUUUCAAGCACACAUCCAUCAAAGAUUCUGUGACACACCUUUUUGACAGAAACACCGACUACAUACAAGAAGUGAAAAAGAUCUCUCCAGAUGGAGUUGACAUUGUGCUGGACUGCCUGUGUGGAGAAAACACAGGGAAAAGCCUGAGUCUCCUAAAGCCACUGGGAACCUACAUCCUAUAUGGUGCAUCAAAUAUGGUAACUGGGGAAACAAAGAGCUUCUUCAGCUUUGCAAAAUCUUGGUGGCAUGUGGAAAAGGUGAAUCCAAUUAAACUUUAUGAGGAGAACAAAGUCAUAGCGGGAUUCUCCCUCCUCAACCUUCUCUUCAAACAAGGAGGAUGUAAUCUCGUCAAAUCAGCAAUGGACAAACUCUUGAGUCUAUAUGAACAGAAGAAGAUCAGGCCUGUAGUGGACUCGCUGUGGGCGCUGGAGGAGGUGAAAGAGGCUAUGCAGAGAAUUCAUGACAGAGGCAACAUUGGAAAACUUAUUCUGGAUGUUGAGAAGUCUCCGACUCCUUUGAUGGCUAACGACAGCACAGAGACCAGUGAAGCAGGAGAGGAAGAGGAGGAGCCAGAAGGAGAUAAUGACAGCAAGGAGCGAAUGCCCUUCAUUCAUUAGAGUUAAUGAAAGCCUGUACUGCUCACCUAGAGACUGCAUAGAUUCACCACAGAGGAACUAACCAGUGUGUAUAUAUCUCUGCAUGUUCUGUGUGCAUGUAUGCAUAAAUGUGUGGAUGUCUUUGUGCUUUUCUCUGUUACCUAUUACUUGUUAGUAGAUUGGGAAAAGAAGAAAUAUGACCUGUUUGUCUUUGGAGCAAUUCUACUACAGUAGCUUACUCUAUAUUGACGUAAUCUCAGUAUUUUUAUGUGUUUUAUAAAUUAUCUGCCAACAGUACGCUAAAUUAGCAAGUUUGGGAAAGCAUGCAAACUUGCUGAAGCAGUCACGUUGAUGCUAAGCACAGCAAUUUUGGUAACAGUAAAACAAUUUGAAGUUGAUCAAAGAAUUUAAAAAUAUGAAAAUUAAUCUUAGUCUCUUAAUACUGACCAAUGAUACCCAGGGAUGUAAACAUACAUCCCGGGUUUAAGGUCCCAAGUUUUUGCAACAAAUUAUGAGCCCAUGACAAAUCAUUCCGAUACUUUUUCCAUAUUUAUUGAUUACAUUUAUUGGUACAUUUGCAGUGACACCUUAGUGGACUUCUUUAUAAACAUUUAACUAAAAGGAUGCAGGGAAAUCCUACAUGGACAAAUGAGCUCUUCUUGGUCUAAUCAGCUGAUUGGAGGCGUUAACUCAAGAUGUUAUCUUGAUCUUUAAUUAAAAAGGUGCUUCAAAAAUAUAGCAGUUUCAGGGUGCAGACACUUAUGCAGCAAGGUUUGCAAAUGUUUUUUUUUUUGGGUUGUUUUUGUUUGUUUUGUUUUGUUCAUUUUCUCCCUAACCUAUGUUUCUGUGUUAGCUACAGUGUACAUGUUGUACAUUCCAAAAGCCCUGCCUUUUUAAAUAGACCUAUAUACACUUUUGAACCCACUGUAUAUCCUUUCCUCAUAAAAGUAAAGUGCCAACAGGACAGUCGGAUUUGCACAAUAGUUUUUACCUGAUGAGCCAUCCUUCAUAUGUUAAAGGAGCACCAGUGCCUUUGAGCUACAAAUUAGUGUCUUUGAUAACUCCACAGGUGAGGAAAUGUAUCACAAACAAAUGUAUUUUAUUUCAACUUUAAAAAAAUGGCUUACAUUUUUCAGAUUUGUAUAAUGAUUGAUGAUUUUUCGGGAGAUAAAGUUUUUUCUGUUUGUGCAGUGUGCAGGUUGAUUCCAAAAUGAUCUAGCUAUCUUGAAUGUGACUAAAAUACAAAACUUGACAGAGUGUUGCCCUUAUUAUUGAGACAGAUUUGACACAUUAAGGUUUAGUGUCAUAUUUAUCUUGCAGAGAGAGAGCGAUAUUCACUGAUCCUGGAUUUUUAUGAAGUAGCUAGUCAGACUGGAAUCGAAGGACUGUGAAUCUCUGCUCUCCUUGUCUGACCAAAGUUGUUUACUGUUUGGUGCCUCACAACAAAAGUGCCAUAAUACUUAGAGACUAACUAUUUUUAUUGUGAAAGCAAAUGCAAGUUCGAUCAGCACUGUGCAUUAUAUUACUAAAGUAUAAGAAGUGAUCUACAAGUUGUUCAAAAUCCUUCCUUACCUGUUUAGGUGAGCUUUCUGGUUUUAGUUUCUACUCUAAAAAUAACAUAUUUUAUUACCCUUUAUAAACAGCUCUGCAUCACACUGUAUUUUCAAAUGAGUGGGUUGGCUAAAUGAUGCAUCAUUAUAAAGCAGACCAGAUUUUCUCAGCUUUUAAAAGAACGUCAAACUCUCCAGUGCAUUUUAGCAUUUUAAAUGCAUCAGCUUUUCAACAAAAUCAAUGUAAUGAGUUCUGCAACUCUAGACGUUUUCAUACAAUUUAGAGAAAUUGUAUGAAAACAUAGUUUGAAACUAGUUCACAGUUAAAGUGAUGACAUCCUUAGGAUUUUUCAGCUAGGAAUAGAUCUAACAUUUUUGCUGCCUUUAAUGUUAUGUCUAUGUGAAUGAGUGUGUUUGUGAAUGACAGGAUAGGUUUUUGUGUACGUUAUUGUAUUUCCUUGUAAAUGCUUUCAGCACUGUAGUGUAUUUAUAGCAUUCUUUCUAAACAAUGGUUGUAUAUUUUUGUCACAGUUUUUUUGUGUAUUUUCUUUGAGCACAGCUCUGUUUACUUGAAUAAAUAUGUCUACAAAGCAUAA